CACUUUAUUCUUUUUUGUUGUUUAUUUUAAUUUUUGUUUUGUUUGGCGGUUCAAAACUCGAAAUAUUUUGCUUUUCUGCGUAACGAAUCCGAAUGAUUCGCAACUAUAAUUAUUAGUAUAUUCAAUUUUUCGUGGUAUUAAAUUAUUCUUAUUUUCAACAUAGACGCUAUCCUUAAGAAUGCGUAAAAGUACCGCACCAAGCCAAUCCGCCACCUUCACGCCGGUGAACUCCGCUUUCAAAAGUCCAAUGUCGCAAUCCAACAAGCGAUCCCGGGAGUGCCGCGAACGCUCCAAGGACAAAAUAAAGGACACGGGCCCUCCUCCACCGAAACUGUCCGCAUCCGAGUACGAAAUGAUGAUCCAGAAAAUCCUGUCGCGCCCUUUCAAGGUUCCGAUUGCGAACUAUGUUCCGGAGCACACGACUCGCUGUCUGGGAAUGAAACGCCCGGCUGCUAGAAGAUCACUGCACGAUCCGUACGCCUGCAAUGCGUUGGUGCUGUUCACGCCGGACGAGCUAACCGAGCACGAUAAGCUGAAGUCGGACCCGGCACAGAUUCAGGUCCACGUCGUGGUGGAUCCUCUUUUGGGUAAUAUUUUGCGGCCACAUCAACGGGAAGGUGUUCGGUUUAUGUACGAGUGUGUUACGGGUAAGCGCGGGGAUUUCCAGGGAUGUAUCAUGGCCGAUGAAAUGGGACUUGGAAAGACAUUGCAGUGUAUAACGCUUCUAUGGACUUUGCUGCGGCAAAGUCCGGAUUGUAAGCCCACGAUCAACAAGGCGGUCAUCGUGUGCCCAAGCUCGUUGGUUAAAAACUGGUACAAGGAGUUUGGAAAGUGGCUGGGGUGCCGAGUGAAUUGUUUGGCCAUCGAUGGAGGAUCGAAGGAGCACACCACGAAGGAGCUACAGCAGUUUAUGGCCAAUCAGAGUAUGCGCCACGGUACUCCGGUUUUGAUUAUCAGCUACGAAACAUUCCGACUGUAUUCGAACAUUUUAAAUAAUUCGGAAGUGGGAGCGGUACUGUGCGAUGAAGGGCAUCGGUUAAAGAAUUGCGAGAAUCUCACCUAUCAGGCAUUGAUGGGACUGAAGACCAAACGAAGGGUGCUGCUGUCUGGGACACCAAUUCAGAAUGAUCUGACCGAGUAUUACAGCUUACUGCACUUCGUUAACCCGGGAAUGCUCGGAAGCACUCAUGAAUUCCGCCGUCAAUUCGAGAAUCCGAUCCUCCGAGGCCAGGAUGCCAACGCGACGGAGUCGGAACGUCAGAAGGCCACCGAACGGUUGCAAGAGUUGACUGCGCAGGUGAACCGUUGUAUGAUUCGCCGAACAAGCGCAUUGCUAACCAAAUAUCUGCCGAUCAAAUUCGAGAUGGUUGUUUGUGUGAAAAUGACGGAAAUCCAAACUGAACUGUACAAGAGCUUUCUUCAGUCGGAUUCGAUCCGUCGAGGUAUGCUGGAGAAAGCUAAAGUGAAGGCCAGUUUGACGGCGCUUUCGAAUAUUACUGCCUUGAAGAAGCUAUGCAACCAUCCGGAUUUGGUGUAUGACAAGAUUCAAGAACGAGCCGAAGGAUUCGAAAACGCUCAUAAGAUUUUGCCCAACAAUUACAGUUCGAAGGAACUGCGACCGGAAUUUGGUGGAAAGUUGAUGGUGCUGGACUGUAUGUUGGCAAGCAUCAAAAUGAACACGGACGACAAGAUCGUGUUGGUUUCGAACUACACUCAGACAUUGGAUCUGUUCGAGAAGCUCUGCCGGAAACGUGGCUAUUGCUACGUUCGAUUAGAUGGUUCGAUGACAAUCAAAAAGCGUGGAAAGGUCGUAGACGAGUUCAACAAACCGGAUUCGAAGGAAUUCAUUUUUAUGCUUAGUUCGAAAGCAGGCGGGUGUGGACUUAAUCUGAUCGGUGCGAAUCGUUUGGUCAUGUUCGAUCCGGAUUGGAACCCAGCUAAUGAUGAGCAAGCGAUGGCUCGAGUCUGGCGUGACGGACAGAAGAAACCGUGCUUUAUCUAUCGACUAUUGGCUACGGGAACCAUCGAAGAGAAGAUUUUCCAGCGUCAAACCCAUAAAAAGGCUCUGUCGAAUACGGUUGUCGAUAACGAUGAGGAUGGAGAACGUCACUUCACCCAGGAUGAUUUGAAGGAUUUGUUCCGAUUGGAUGAAUCUACCAUUUCCGAUACACAUUCCAUAUUCAAAUGCAAACGGUGCGUUAACAACAUCCAGAUGAAGCUUCCACCGGAAGAGAGCGAUUGUACCUCGGAUCUGUCCCAUUGGUAUCACUGUUCGAACAACAAAGGUAUCCCGGACGACAUUCUCUCAAAGUCUUGGGACAUCACCAAGUGCCUUUCUUUUGUGUUCCACCAUCGAUCGAACAGUGCCGUGGUGGAACAGCAAAUCGCUGAGCAGAAACGAGCCGAAGCGUUGAAGGCGAAAGAUGAAAAGAACAGCGAGCAGGAUCUUGCGGAGGAAAUUGAUGAAGAAGACGAUGAAGACGACGAGAAGGAGAAUGAUGAUUCCGGUUUGGACGAUGACGAUAAGGAUGAAGAUUUCGUGCCAAGAAGAUGAUUGGUGAUGGUGGAGGAUUAACAUCAAUUGUAAUUAUUAUGUGUCAUAGAUUUGUCCACGGAAGUUAUAAGAAAUCUCUGAACCCAGAGACCAUCGUAUAUAAAA